UGAAGAUCGAUCGAACGUCGUGGUCGGAGAAGGAACACGCUAAAAGCGACAAUAACGACAACAAAAACAACAACAACAACAAGAUACAGAAAACAAGAAAUGUAGCAAGUUGAAUUUUCGUUUCUCCUACGACCGAUCUAGACGAGCUUCGCGCGUAAAUUAGCAAGCGUUUGUAAGAAACAAACCUCGAGACUCAAUUGAGUUUACCAAAUUGGCCCAAAAUACGAAAAUAAAUACCUGAAAAUAUGUUUAAUAAUGAAAUGAACUGUGUGUGCAAGUGAAAUUUUUAACUGUGUCAUAAGCGCGAAAUCAAAAAACAAGAAGAAGAAAUAGAAGGAGAAGAAAGAGUUGAGCGAACAAAAGCUAAACGAAACAAAAAAUAAAUAAAUAAAUAAAUAAAACAACCAAAAGCAGCAAGUUGCCUGAAUGUGGCGAAAUCGAGUGACUCUAAAACUGUAAAGUGAUGUGCGUGCAAACACAACAACAACAACAACAACAAAUACAUAAACAGCACUUACAAAAACAAUUGCAAUUACAAGAACAACAGCUACAGCUACAGCAACAGCAACGCGGCAAAUUUGAAUCGAGCCAAAAGGAUGGCCAUAGACUUUCUCAUAUUGUCGCUGCUGCUCAUCUCCUUCAUCAUCAAUCUGUUGGCCCUGUGCGCGUUCUGGGUGACGCCCGGCCUGCGCACCACCGCCAAUCGCUUCACCAUCAAUCUGCUCAUCAUCAAUCUGAUUGUGUGCUGCAUCUUGGCGCCCACGCUAUUUCUCAGCGGUACGGGACAGCAAUCGCUACAAGCCCUGGUGGGGCCGACGCUGAGCAGCGGCAACAGCGAUGCCGAUAGCAUUGAAUUCUAUUCGAAGCCGGGCAACCAUCAGAUGACGAUUCGGCACAAUGGACGCCUGGUCGAGCAGGAUGGCAUCAUCGUGAAGAAGGUGCAGAAUGUGAGCAAGGGCGAGACCAUCGAGACAAUAUACAAGUGCAACAGCACCUCUUGUCGGGAGCUCACCAUCGAUGAACGCAUCGAUGGCAUUGUCAUCACUGAAACCGAGGAAGAUAAUCUCAGUGCAGUGUUGGACAACGCUUCGGGUGCGGCGGGGGAACAACAGCAACAGCGAGAGCGAGAGCGACAGCAACAUUUUCUGCUUUCGUCAGUGCCAGCGUCUCAGCAACAUGUGGAGCUGCGUUGCUGGUCGAUUGAUAUGACCGCUGCGUUGGGCGCUCUUGCGGUUCUGCUCGUCGUCGGCGACACUUGGUGCGCCGUCACGGAUCCUCUACGCUACCAAAGUCGCAUAUCGGGAGUGAAGACGUGGGUCUUCAUCGCGCUGACCUGGGCCAUUGGCAUACUGUUUGGCGCACUGUCCGCUUUCCGCGUCCUCGACUUUGAGGCGGACACAUUGCUGAGCAAGCAGCGUCGCUUUGCGGCCACCUACUUCAACAUAAGCUCCACGAACAGCAUCUUUGGCAUUGUGUACGCAUGCGUGUACUUCAUUGUCAUCAUCUUGCUGCCCUUCGGCUUUGUGUGCGGCAUGUAUUGGCGCAUAUUCAGCGAGGCUCGAGGCAAUGGGCUGCGCAUGCGCCAGAACGGCUCAUCGCCACUGCUCCAGAGUGCACUAAAUCUCACACAUCAGCCACAUGCGGGCACUCUUCAGUACUCGAAUAGCCUGUGCGUCCAUCGUCAUUCCAUAUCCUCGGCGUCCUCACAUGGCGCUGGCAGCAACAAUGGAGGAGCAGCCAUUACUGGGGGUCUGCAGAUGCAAAUUGAUCAGCGCAAAAGCUCACCCAGCUGUCUGCGUCGUGAUUCAGCAGCUAAGGUGCUGCUGCCCACAAUUUCCGAUGAUGGUGCUUCCGAUGAUGUCGAUGCCGAGAGCACUACUGGGCACUUGGUUCCAGUGCCAGAGCAUUCUCUCGCCGAUCGUAAUCAGAACAUCUUGCUGACACUGCAGACAGCGAGUGGGGAGAUCAAGCGCAAUUAUUCGGCUCGUCAGCUGCCGCUACUGGGCACAUCUUCGCAGGACUUGCGUGAGUCGCAUCGUCUGCUAGGCAUACGGCAGGUGCACUCAUCGCCGAAUCUGCAGAAAUACACGCAAUUGCGUCAGGACUCGCUCUCCGACGAGUGCAACUCGCCCCACUUGCUGGGCCCUGUCCCGCAUCACGUAUCGUACUCGUCGCCUCAUCAGCAUGAGCUUCAGCUUCAGCAACAGCAUCAUCCGCACUUCAACUCACCGCGUCAUCAGCAGCAGCAGCAGCAGCAUCAUCUACAAUCUUGUCAGCAAGGCAAUGCUAGCCAUGCGCUGCAAAUUCCCGCCAUACACGCCUCUCCGAAGGCUCUCAGCUACAUGAGCUCCUUGCGCCAUCGCCUCUCGAACGCCUCCUCGCUGUUCAAGUACCGCGAAGAGUCCCGUGCAGCACGCAUCAGCAUACUAGUCGUAAUCAUGUUCCUGGUAUCGUACCUGCCCUUUGGCUUCCUAGUACUUCUUCAGGCACGUCUAUCAGCGGCCAACUUCGGCGGCUCCACACAGCUGGCCAUCUUCAUGAUUCUGCUGGGAAAUCUUAGCUCACCCUUCAUCUUCGCAUAUCGCAAUAAGCGCGUGAGGCGUGGCGUGAAGCGACUCUUUGGCCUCGACGCUAGGGCUGCCCUGAAACGGCAAUGCAGCAGCAGCGUCAAGACUAACGGGACGAGUGCUGGCAAUAACAACAACACCAGCAUGGCUCAACUGCAGCGCAACAGCAGCAAAUUAUCGCAGUAUUCGAGCAAUUCCUGUAAAUAUCUAACCCCUCAGAGCUCCCUAGUGAGCAACUACGCGACACCAACCACCGCCAUGCAGUCGACAUCCGUGCCGGUGCAUGCAACAACGCUGACGCUGCGACCCAACAGCAGCUGCAGCACCAUCAUCAACUUUGGCAGCUCCCGCGACGGCAAGUCCUCGGCUGAGUCGGAUGAGCCGCCUAUGGACUGCGAGCUGGCACCACCUGUGGCACCACCAGUGCGGCCCCCACGACCCAAGCUGCAACGGGGCAUCACCAUUGUCGAGCACAUUACCAUAGCGCCGCCAAAGUUUCAACCGCGUCGCGGACUCUUCGACAUGUUUUUCCGCAGCUCAAAGAAAUUGCAGUCCUGCGCACAGGGCGUCAAGGAGGCAAGUGAACCGACGGAGGUCUAAGUCUAAGUGAAGGUGGCUGGGAGCGAUCCUCCAGCGUGCUGAAGAAUUCUGAACAGUAUUGAGUAAUUUGUAAGUUGUAGCAAAGACAAGUUUAACUAAAUUUAAUCUACUUUAAUUAUAUAGUAAAUGCUGUGCUAGAAGCUUCUCAUUAAACCAAAAAUUGUAAACAAAACGAAACAAAUUGCUUGUUAAGCUCUAUGUACAUGCAGGCAAAUAGUAUGCAUACAAAUUGUGUUUAAGUGCAAAGAAUUUGACGUUACUAGAAGCUAAUGAAAUGCUCUUGAAAUUGGGCAAAUUGGUGUGCAAAUUAUUUGUCUAUUCGACCAUAGCUUACAUACUAUAAUAUAACACUAAAAAAAACACACACAAACCAACUCAACCAAGUACCUUGUAAAACAACUGUCUAGGGCAAGCUAACAAAAGCAUCAGCAACAGCAACAACUGUGUACAAGUCGCUAACCAAACAUAUACAUACGAUUAUUAUAUAGUAAUACAUUAUAUGGAUGUACGAGUAUAUCAAACUGUAAACAGGAACCAAGCAGCCAAGUUUAAAAGUAAUCGAAGUACCUAAGUGCAUAAAAAUAAUGCAUACGAUAAUAAUAAUGAUGAUGACGUUUAACCGCACGUUUAAAACCAAAUACAAGUUGUAUAAGUAAAGCACAGUUUCGAAGUAUCUAAGCUUGUCACAAAAGUCAAUUGUUAGAGAAACCCAAACAAUUAUUUAUUUAUUUUAGUUAGCUGCCUCCACCGUAACACACUUGCUACAUAAAAUGUAUUUAUUAGACAAACCUGAAACACGAAAAGCUUUAAAUCUACUCCAAAACAUUCUUGCUAAAUGAAAAAACUAUACAAUUAACAGCUAUUCUAUACAUUCAAUUCAUAAGUUAACUAGCGUAAGUAACUGUGCAAAGCAUGCGACAUAUAAUUAUACUAUACUAUAUACAUACAUAUGUAGUUAUAAACUAGCUGGGCACCUAGUGCCCAGUGCUCACAGUGCUUGUCAAACUGUGCUAAGCGGUAUGAUAUAACUUUUUUUUUUUUUUUUUGCCACACGCCAAACACUGCGCAAGCGCAUGUUUUCAUAUUGAAAACUUGUUGUCUCUGUCCGUCAGUCAGUCAGUUGGCCAUUUAGUCAGUGAAUCGGUCAGUGUGUUAGUCAGCUAUACAUACAUAUACAAGUACAUACAUGCAUACAUAGACCUUUUUCUUUCAUGUCAUUCAAGUUAAAUGCAACUGAAAAGCUGUCGCGCUCUGCCAUUGAAGUCAAUUUGUUUGUAGAAUUUUCGAAACCGCAUUGCGUGCAGCUAAAUACCUCAUUAGUUUUAAUUUAAACAAAGCAACGCACUGAGCCCCGCAUUUUGUCUACUCUCUAUCUAAACGGCAGCGGCCCAAGUUAUACUUGUAUGGCAUAGCAGACGAAGAAGAAGAGAAGAGCUAUUGUCGCGCAUGCGAAAUUCAUAGCCAUAGCUGACCUUUAUACGGACUAAUACGAGCCCCGGUUGAUGUGCCGAUGCGCCGUUUCGAGCGUUUAAGUUCUUUGCCUUGCUUUGAUUUGCCACUUUGAAUUGCUUUAUAAACUACUACUUGUACAUACAUACAUACAUACAUACUAAGUAUACACAACAAAAGGCCUUUUUUAUAAUUUCCAAACAAAAACCACUAAACAAAACCAACCUCGAAUUUAUAUUUCUAAAAAUUAUAUUUUAUAUGUAUAGUAUACGUUAAUGUGUGUAGCCAAGUCGGAGACAAACCACAAGUACAUAGGAAUUACUAUAUACAAAGAAAGGAAGCAAAUAUUGUGAUGCUGUGCAGAGAGAAUGGAAAUUUCGAAAUGCAUUAAAAACUUAAAGCUAUGUAUUAAUAGUUCAUAAGAUAAAUUUAUAACCCACUAUACACAUACUAUACAACCUAAAUAGUGCUAUUUUUCAAAUAAUUCAAUUGUCUUUAUCAAUUAAACUCCGCUAUGCUUAGCGUGCAUACAAAAAAUUCUAUGUGACAAAUUAGCUUUUAACGAAAAGAUAUAUAUUUAUGCAACAAACAAAGAAAGAAAUGUUAAUAAUUGGCUGCAGCAUCAGAGACACAACUUAUAACAAGUAUUUUCUAGUUUCUCAGCUAAAAUAUUCGAGUAUACCCAUACAUAUAGAAGAGAAUACAACAAAACCACCCAUUCAAAACAACAACAACAACAACAACAACAAACACAACACAAACUAUACAAAUAAAAGAAUAUGUGUUUUAAGAAAAAAAUUAA